AUGACAGUGCCUUUGGGUGUUGCUUCCCUCGUUGGAGGCUUCGGAGAGGACCUCCUUCCUUCCACCCCUCCCAAGAGCUCAGGUGAAAACCUUAGACCCCCCUGUUCAAGCAACGACGACACCACGGUGGCGUGCUCCUUCCUGAAGGCGUUGCUCGGGGGCUACUCAAGCGGCGGUGGAAGUGGCGGCGGUUCGGUGUCGACAUAUGCAUUCUGUGGGGAAAUCCACGCCAGCUUGUGUCGUGGGACCAACCAGUUCACCGGAGCGUACCCUGCUGCCGAGAUAAGCAAGCUCGCCGGGCUCGAGCAGCUCGCGCUUGCCUCGAACACGUUUGACCUGGCGCCAGCGCCGCUGGAGUUCGCCAAGCUGACCGGCCUGAGCUACCUAUGGAUGUCUGGCAUGAACAUGAUCGGGGAGAUCCCGAAGGCCUACUCGAGCCUAGCGAAACUCACGGUGUUUGCCAUGUACCAUAACGAGCUCACCGGCCAGAUCCCGGCGUGGGUAUGGCAGUAUGAAAAGCUCGAGUACUUGUACCUGUACGACAACGGACUCACGGGCGAGCUGCCGCCCAAAACAACCGCGGUGAAUUUGAUAGAGCUUGAUCUGUCCAACAGCCUGCUCACCGGAGAAAUACUGGAAGACUUUGGUAACCUCAAGAAGCUGAGCAUAUUGUUCAUGUACACCAACCAGCUCACCGCCAUCAUUCCAGCAAGCAUAGCGAUGCUCCCAAAUCUCAGGGACCUCAGGCUAUUUGAAAACAGGCUCUCCGGUGAGCUCCCGCCAGAGCUCGGGAAGCACUCGCCACUUACAAACCUUGAGGUUUCAAGCAACAACCUGUCUGGCCCGCUCCCAAAAUCACUUUGCGCCAACGGGAUGCUCCAAGACAUCGUGGUCUCCAACAACAGCUUGUCUGGUGAGCUCCCGAAAAACCUCAUUGACUGCGUCCACUGAAGACUGAACAACCUCAUGAUCUCCAACAACAGCUUCCACGGCAAGUUUCCCGAGAAAAUUUGGUCAUUACCGAAGUUGACCACGUUGGUGAUAGAGAGCAAUGGUUUCACUGGGGUCUUACCGGCCAAGAUACCUGAUAACAUCAGGUGGAUUGAUAUGGGGAACAACAAGUUUUCUGGGCCCCUGCCAACAUCGGCAACUGGGCUGCAGGUGUUCAGGGCGGCAAACAACCUUCUCUCUGGCGAGCUACCGGCCGACAUGAGCAAGUUUGCCAACCUUACACGUUUGGUAUUGCGUGGCAACCAGCUAACUGGUUCCAUAACAUGAAUCAUACAACCACGAGUGAAUUUGUUGCAGAAGCCCAGGACU